CUCAGACCCCGUGGCCUGUGAGCACAGAUAUGGAAAAUCUGCGUGUAUCUUUAAAUACGCAGUAUACGCCCGGAUUCGAACUUGCAAUCGAUAGAGUAGAGGAUCACGCGACCACCCAGUCCUUCUCAUCCAUAUCAAUAGAUGGCCUUUUUCAUCGAGGAUCAACAGCAAGCAAAGUUACGGCCGAGAAUACACAGAGUUUAAGGGUCAACCCUCCUGUUCCGGGCACUGAAACCCCUGAUACAAUGGAUAUAAGGUUGAAUUCUGGCCUCCAACCCUCCGAGUUUGAAUCAUGUAGCCCAAUUGGUUCAUUGGGUGGUUUGUCAAAUGACCAACGACAGUUAUGUGUUUCAGGUGGAUUAUGGACUACCCAGGCGAAGCCAGCUCUACAAGUGCGUCAAAUUUCUUGUGGGCAGGCAACGGGAGUAACUGUGUUGAAAGGUUCAUCGCAUUCCGGCAAACGGAAAUCACUUAUCGCCGCUGUGCAACAUAGGACGUCCAGCAUGCGACCGAAAGUCUCCGAGAGAGAGGAAAGGAGAGGUGAUGGAACCAGCAUAAGAAGUGGACCAAAACAUCGACUCCCUUUUCAAAUAGUCCAGGAAGAUGGGAGAGGAGGCUCACUUUCGUGUUCGUCACAAAUAUUUCCAAUUGCCAGGGCUCGUCGACAAGGGCCGUUAUCCGCCGACGGAAGACGCGAUGCGGCGCUUAGGAGAAAGGAUAAAAGUGUGUGCAUUUGGUGUCGCUUGUCCAAGAAAAAGUGUUCUGGUGAAAACCCUUGCACGGCAUGCCUUGAGCAAGCAAAGUCCGUAAUCGUCGAGCAGCCGUGCGUGCGUGCGGACUUUUUCCAGAUUGUAGAGUCCGGGACAUGCAAUUAUAUCUCACAACGAGCGGUGAACCACCUCACUCUCGAUGGUUCAUCGAGGCGCCGCAUGGAGCUACCAUCCGCUUUUGAUAUGGAUCAUUUUGUUUCCCAGCUCGAGAAGCGGCAAGGGGAAUUCAACAUCCGUGUUCAACAGGCUUGGAGAACCCUCUUUGUCUUGGACCUAAAGGAGGUUCAUAUUUAUCUAAAGACCUCUCAAGGAAAGCAAAAAGGUGGGCUGUACGAUUUGCGAGACUUCAUCGAUAACCAUAUCUUGAAGUUUAACAACUGGCAGAGAUGUGUCAAAGAGUGUAACCCCAUACAAGACGUGCUCUCCCUCCUAUCCCAAUGGAACAACAUGCCAAGUCGAGCAAGUUACUACUUCGCCUUUCACUCGGACAAUAUUCCCGAUUGCCUGAUGAACAUCGAAGACCCUAACGACCAAAUAGAGAUCCUCUUGGCGGCGCAAUUAUCCAGGAUAUUCUGCCGUAAACUCGAAGUGGACGGCUACAGAGCUCUGCAGUGCAUUCUCAACAAGAACAAAUGGGACGACACCCCGUACGACUCCUUUCUCAAAUUCGUCCUCCAGCUCGGGCGCAUACUCGUCAGUCUUCGCUGGAGGGUGUCGUGGUGGGAGCUGCUCGGCGACGGUGGGCUGAAGCCGGAUAUUAACAAGGAACGAUAUGAAGACCGGGUGCGAAAUCUGUGCAAAGUCUUGUACUUUUAUUACACAUCUGUCAAACUCAAGCUGCCAUCGUGGAUGGCACCGGAUCAACUGGAUGGCGUUUGGUCUACGUAUGCGGAUGCCAAUAAGGUGUGGGAUGAUUUCCCCUCGAUGGCCACCGCCGAGGGGUUUGAGGCAUGGAUGGCGAGAGGAAAGCAGCUCAUCAAAGAGGCUGGGGUACGGAAUGGUAUUCCGAGUAUAUGAGGGCACUGGGAAAAGCUCCCUUAUCAGCUUACUAAGGGCUUGAAAUCCGUCCUGGGGUUGAUAGCAAAACGAGCCCAGUGAGGAAUACCGUGUGGCAAAGCGUUCCGGAACUGGAUCAUGGGCUGAAGCGACUUGCUUUUGGCGAUAUAAUCUGGAUAGAUAAUUCAUGUCCCGGAUGGGAAUUCGAAGGGACAU